UGUCUCCACUGCGGUAGUAGCGGGCCAAGCUGGCAAGCAAGCAAGGCAAGCAGCAGAGGGCGACCCGCCAACCUCCACUUGUUCCGGUGCGCUUCUCUCUGCCCACGUCACCGUAGAAGAUACGGACUUUUAUCAAACAAGGACAUAUUCACCAGCUCCAGUGGUCUCAACGGAAGGACAACUUUUGACUAUUGUGAUUUAUAUUAUCUUCUGUUAUUUUUUUCUUCAUUUUUGAAGACGUGCUUGUUCGAGAGGAUGAUACCGCUCCUCCUAUCCAUCGCCCUGUGCGUGAGCGCCGCUGUCCCGCAGCAUGUGAAAGCAGCAGAUGAUGAGGAACCGACUUCAGCAGGACCCUGCCACCCAAACCCUUGCCACAACAGGGGGACAUGUGAGAUCAGUGAGACCUACAGGGGUGACACCUUCAUUGGUUAUGUCUGCAAGUGUCCUCCAGGCUUCAGUGGAGUACACUGCCAACACAAUAUAAAUGAAUGUGAAAGAGAACCAUGCAAGAACGGGGGCGUUUGCACUGAUCUGGUUGCAAACUACUCCUGCGAAUGCCCUGGGGAGUACAUGGGGAGGAACUGUCAACAUAAAUGCUCCGGACCACUGGGCAUGGAAGGCGGCAUAAUCUCCAACCAGCAGAUAACAGCCUCCUCCACCCACCGGGCUCUGUUCGGCUUGCAGAAGUGGUACCCAUACUUUGCACGCCUCAACAGGAAAGGUCUGGUCAAUGCGUGGACUGCAGCUGAAAAUGACAGAUGGCCAUGGAUUCAGAUUAACCUGCAGAGGCGAAUGAGGGUCACAGGUCUUAUUACCCAGGGUGCAAAGCGAAUCGGCAGCCCGGAGUAUGUCAAGUCAUACAAAGUGGCUUACAGUGAUGAUGGAAAGACAUGGAGAACAUACAAAGUCAAGGGCAAAGAUGAGGACAUGAUUUUCAGAGGAAAUGUCGAUAACAACGCUCCGUCAGCCAACUCCUUCACUCCUCCCGUAGAAGCCCAAUAUGUGCGCAUUUAUCCCCAAGUGUGCAGAAGGCACUGUACCUUACGCAUGGAACUGCUUGGAUGCGAGCUUACAGGCUGCUCUGAACCAUUAGGGAUGAAGUCAGGCCAUGUCCAGGACUACCAGGUCACAGCUUCUUCCAUCUUUAGGACACUCAACAUGGACAUGUUCACCUGGGAGCCUGGAAAAGCCCGGUUGGACAAGCAGGGCAAGGUGAAUGCUUGGACAGCAGGACAUAGUGACCAGUCACAAUGGCUACAGGUGGAUUUGCUGGUACCUACCAAGAUCACAGGUAUAAUCACCCAGGGAGCUAAAGACUUUGGCCACGUGCAGUUUGUUGGCUCAUACAAACUGGCAUACAGUAACGAUGGAGAGCGGUGGAAAGUCUAUCAAGAUGAGAAGCAGAGAAAAGACAAGGUCUUUCAGGGCAACUUUGACAACGACACACACAGAAAGAACGUGAUAGAUCCACCCAUCUACGCUCGCCUCAUCCGGAUCCUCCCCUGGUCGUGGUACGGCAGGAUCACUCUGCGUGCAGAAAUACUGGGCUGCACAGAGGAAGAUUGAAGUCCUUAAUUCGCUUUUUUCCCCGCAUUUCACCAUCUCACGGCAUACUGGAGUAUGUCACCCAGUAGUGGAAAAAUAAACUGUGCAAAACCUGUAAAAAGAAAUUGAUUCCUUGUAGAUUUUUUUAAGACUUGUGAAGGGUCACUAUUUUUUUUGUUUUAGUUUAUUUUUUGUACAAUAACUUAAAGGGUUUUUUUUUCUUAUGCCAAUUAAUUUCUUGUUUACAGUGUGAUUUGUGUCUUUUUAUUGUUCUUGAGAACUGUAAUAUAUAUGUGAGGGCUCUGUGCAGGGGGGUUGGGUCUCACUGUGGUUUUGCCAUGAAAACUAUUGUACAGUGUCACUUUUUAAAAAUUGUGGGUCAUGUUGCAUUGGACAAGCGCGCGCACACACACCACGACACGCUGUCAUAUUGUCAAAUGUUAUUCAAAUAAUAAUUUUACUUUAAUAAGUACACUUUGUCAAGCCAAGCUUUCACGCGCAUUACUGCUUCAAUCAAAACACAAUUAAUGCUCUUGUAUUAUAUGUAAAAGACUAAAACAUUGCAUGGUGCGUGAAUUUAAGACAAACAAAAAAAAGAAGAAGAAAACCACUUAAAAUGACAAAUCAGUCAAAACCUUCAGCCCUAAAAGUGGCUUCAAUUUAGGGAGCUAUUUAAUGCACAUUUUUGGUUCUGAAACAUGACCAGUCACUACAGAAAGCUUAGUGAAAUUGAUAAAUAUUCAUGACCAUUCAUUCAUGUGCUAUUGCAGCACUGACACUGAGGCUUAGGAUGUUAACGUUUCUGUUGAUUUCAGUGUAAUUUUUAGAUAGGACAUUUUGUUUACAUUUUGUAUUUAUUUUGAUGACUUAAAAAAGUAUUUUUUUUUUCAGAUUACUGAAAAUUAUUGCAGAGACGUAAGCUGAUCUAUUCAAAAUCUCAGGAUAUACAGUAUGUCACUCAUAAAACCAACAAAUGUAUACUUUUGGGCCACUUAUUUUAAUAUGUGGUAUCUGUGCAUUAUUAUUUAAUGACUGCGUUCAAAGAUUGUCAGCUGUAAUGGCACAUUUCCGUAAUUGAACCAUUCAACUGAAAACUGUAAUCAGUGUUAUUUUUUAAACGACAACUAUCAUAGAUCCAUUAUAUAUGAACAUAUGGUGUCACACAUUUGCAAUAAUCAUGGGAGCAGUUCAACAAACACUUGCUUAUUCAAAAUGAUGAUGGAUUCUGUCUUAAAGCUAAUGGGAUUGGUUUUCUUACUGGAAAUGCUUUGGGGUGUUCUGUGAUGCUUCAAAUAUUUCGUCACAAUAAAAUAUACUGCUGUUUUUCCACUGCACAAUGCCAGCCUGAAAUAGUACCUGGUAGUACCAGCUUUUGUCGGGGGAAAAGCGACAAUAGUGAGUACAGUCGUCCCUCGCCACUUCGCGGUUCAAAUUUUGUGGCUUCACUCUAUCACGGUUUUUCGAAAAUAUAUUAAUGAAUAAAUCAUGCUGUUUUGUGGUUGAAUAGUCAAACAAUAUGCAUAUUUAAGCAAAGGUUACGUAUUUUUGCUAUGCAUUCAAAGAUGCUGUGAAUGAUAUGUAGUAUUCUACACUGGUCACUAGGUGUCUGUAAUGUUGGGUGAGACACAAAAGCACCGGACUUGAUCAGCGGAAAAACAGGCUUUAAUUGCAGGUUUGAGUUAUCUUACAACAGGCACAAUAAUCCCUCAUAGAAAUAGGGGCUGCUGUUGCGCCCACAAGCUACGGCAAGCUAAAACGCAACUCUGAACCCCCUACGUCACUUCCUGUCCGCCACUCACUCUGCUCCCUAUGAAACAUUAUAGAAACACAAGCACGAGUCUUAUGUUUUAAAUGUCUUAUUUACGCUUAUUAUCUACUUUAUUGGGUGAUACCAGUGUAAAUGUGACUAUAGGGGUGUUAAUUAAUGUCUAGAAGGCUCUAAUAAUAUUAAAAACUGUAUUUAGAAGGUUGGUUCUAAAUACAGGUUUCCUAUACUCAACAAAAAUAUUCAAUUUAUAAAUACGGAAUCCUACUUCGCAGAAAUUCACUUAUCACGGAUGGGUCUGGAACCAAUUAACCGCACUAAACGAGGGUUUACUGUACCUAUGUGAAGCAAAGUAGGUACUAUGCAGUGGAAAAUAAGAUGAAGAACAACAAAGACGGCAAUCCCAUCUGACAAAUGUAGUUGGCUUGGUUGGUUACCUAAUCACCUUAUGUGCAUUGUUGAAAAAUUGUCUCCAAUGACGACAAUGAGGUCUCCAGCUUGGACUAUUUAUUAACAUUUUCUUGCACCUCUCCCUUGAAUCACAUGACUGAUGAGCUUUAACAAAUCAAACUACCAAUUAUUUCAUAUUGUACAAAUGCAACACAUCCAAUCUGAGAUGGAAGUAGACCCUGAAAUGGAAAAUGAUGGCACGGUUGUUUCAUUCGCUUUUUAUUGAAAUUUUGGGAAGCAAAACCAACGCUUCAAAGAUUUAUCCAAGCCCAGCACAAAAACAAGUUACUGCCCUACUACCUUUGCACAUAAAUAUUUCAUUGUUUUAGGGAUCUCUAGCAGCCUGUUUCUUAUUUGUCAGUCAGAUAAAUGCCAACUUCAAAAUGUACGCAUAGACAAAUAAUCUAUAUUACAUCCAAAUCCCUUCAACCUCGUUGCUUGUGAGCAGGCAGCUUUGCAUGACGACUUUGAAGUGUACAGUACAUAACGUCUCCAGGCACAUCAUGUUCUUGCGUCACAGACCUUUUACUUUUUGUACUCACCGUCGAUUGUCUUGUGCAUUGUAUAUGUACAUCUGAGGUCGGUAAACAAAAAGAUAGUCAUCUUUGUCUACAUCUACGCCUGAGUGUCCUUCUAGAAAAUGUACUUAUGGUUAAUGCUGGUUAUGUUCAAGCCAGCAAAGGAACAUCAAACGUUAUGUACAGUUAUGAAAUAAGGAAAAAAAAAAUGCUUCAAUUCAAAAACUCAGUUCAGUUUGACAAAUAAAAAAGUGA